UGGCCCAGUAGGUCGGGGAUUCCACCUGAAGAUUUUUUCCUGUAACUUUACUCUUCUACAUAAUCAGUCGGGGAGUAUCUUCCGUCUUAGAUUGUAGUAGUGGUACUCCUCUUUAGCAAGCCUCUUUCUUGGUAAUCUUCCUUCAGGAUUGUGUCUCCCUCUGCUCAUGUGUAGAUAGACUAGAUUCCAUCCAAUCCAACCCUCCUCCUAACUCUCUCUCUUCCGACUUGUCCCUGCUGUUCUUUCUCCCUUUUUAUUUAUUUAAUAUUUGUUAAAUCGUUAUUUUAUUCAUUUGUUUUUGUUUGGUUGUUUGGUUUUUCUUUAUCUCCCUUUCUCUCUUGAAUUGUUUACAACAUCUUCCUAUUCUAUAUAGAACUGUCAGCUGCCCCCCUCCACCCACCUCCCACACCACCUCUCACCCAAAUCCUCAUCGGCUACAUAGUUCUUUGAGCCCUGUUUCCUUUGACCCUCUUCCUCCAAUAUAUCUCAGCAGGCGAAGUCGGUAUUCAGAAGAUGCCUCUCUGUCCCAGCUGUCAAAAGGUUAAGCUGAUCAGAUGCAAGAUCCUCAGAACGGAGGACCCAGAUUAUGGGAGGGAAUAUGUGGCUUGCUCUGCCUGCUCGUCGAGGUGGUUCCUCGAUGACCCCAAUAGGCCACCAGGACUCGUUAGUGAUAAACCGAAGCAAUCGAUAUGGAAGAAACUCGGGACAUGGGGUGCUCCACAUAAUGUGCCUGACUCCUCUGGGGUCCUUCGUGCGGCUACCUACGUCUUGCCUCCCGUUCAUGAGUAUCCUUCGCUCCUCGUGCCGGUUUCCAAUUCCAAUCGUCGAUCUCUUCUGAUCCCACCUGCCGCUCCCGAUCCCUCGCCCGUCUCACCGGCCGCUGGUCCCUCUGAACUCGACCUGCCGCCACCGCCACCGCCACGCGAGCCUGAACUUGACCCACUCCCCCCAGCUGACACAGUCGACAUACCCGAGCGGACCUUCGACGAUCCGGUUGAACCAGCCGAUCAAACCGAACUUCCUGUCGAAGAUGCCCCACAAUCCCAGGAAGGCGAUGAGCCCCAACAAGCUGAAGAGCCCACCCCUGCUCCUGAAGAACCCCUCGAGCAACUCAGUCCAGCAGCAACAGCUACUGAGGAACCCAAACCGAUUUCUGCCCCAGGAACUCCACAUCAGACCGAAGAACAGAAAACAUCGCCAGCCUCCAAUUUGAAUAGCGAAGAGCAAGCUAGAUUCGAGAUGCUCUACCGAAUUGCUUCCUCCCCUGGCCCACACUCACAAAUCUCUGAUCACCACCUAGAAGAAGAUCUCAAGCUCCCAUCCCGUCCACAAUCCACCAGAGGGAGCGAACAUCAGCCCUCUCUGCCCCCUAUUACCCCUUCUGAGCCUAUCUCGCCCGAAGAGCAACAACUACGUGAAACGCUCCUCAGGGUCGUUUCAACCCCCUGUCCACCACCUCCCAAGGUUUACACAACUCUACUCUCCCCCAAUGUGAAUCGAGAAGAAGCCAUUUGUUCUUACUCACCACAGGAUGAGCGUGAAGUUGCAGCCUAUAUCCAACACAGUGCUACAAGGCUCGAUCAGGCUAUCCAAAAUUCCCCGUUCACCCCCAAGGAGACCCCGAGAUCUCAACGCACCGAGAGAUGGAUCGAAUCGCCCAGGUUCAGCGAGCCCAAGUCGCCUGCCUCCAAGCACUCGGCCGUUCGCUCUUCACGCCACUCCACCAGCCAGCCCCGCUCACCACGUCAACCACUCGCCCAAUCUUCCCACGGAACUCCUCGCUCGACGAAGCUCUCGGAGCAUGCCGGAGCACGCUCGGUCAGCCAUACGCCUCGUCGGAGCCAUUACGACGAAGAGGAAGUCCCCCUGCCUGGCGGAUUCCCGACUCCCAAGCCCAUGCCGCUGACCAGUGACGACGUCUCGAGGCUUCGAAGCCAACCCGUGACGCCCUAUAGUACCAGCCUCAAAUCGUCCGCACCAUCCGGUCCCCUCCCGAUCGCACCGUCACAUUACACUGGCUCAGUCGCCAGUGGUCGCACUCCUAAGCGUGUCAGUAUCGCCAGCUGUGACAACUCGCCGUUGUUUAGUUGAACACAUCAACAACACCCACUGCCGUUCUCAUACUUCCUUUGAUGAGGUGACUCAUUGUUAAAAGUCGCCGAUAGAGCUACAUCUUGAACAAAGGAUACUUCGAUCGGCUCCACUUCAAGCCACCUAUAUAAUUAGAUACCAUCCAAUUCCCGAUCUUACUUCUUCUUCUUCUUCUCCAUUGCUAUUGUUAUCAUUACAUAUGUUGUUGUUACAACACACCCACACACCAAGUCUUAUCUUUUCUUGAUUUAAAUCACAUGUCAACUUUAUUUCUCGUUUAUUUUUAUCAUCACUAGAAGUUUUUGUAGAUUCCACAAACGACAUUCGCAACCAGAAGAUGGAAACCACUGGAUCUUGGUCAUCGUUAACAAGGAGAAGAAAGAAAAAAACAAGUUGAACCCUUGUUCAAUCAGUCUAUUGUAGUAUUGAAUCUAAUUAAACCCAAUUUAACGAUUUCCUUAAUCCUUACAACCCUGUCUAAAUUAAAUUUUAUUCUUGAACCCACGACCUUGUUAUAAGCUAGUAUGAUAAUAUCUUCCUGUCGACUUUCUUGUUGAGAUUUCUGAUACAUGAUGGUCAGGCAAUACAUGUAUGCGCACCAAUUAUCAGAAUACAUACGUUUCGGAA